AUGAGUAUCUUUCUAGCGGGUCUGGUUUUCUGUUACAUACCAUCUUUUGCUUUAUCUGCCCUCUACCCACGCGACAAUGAGCCGCUUCAGCCUAUACACAUUCCUCUUGCGCUCAGCAAUCAACAAUAUGUCGUUAAAGUGGCUAUGUCUUCGAGACCUCAAGUCCAGAAUCUGCCUUUUGUAUUGUCGACAGCGAUAGGCUACACAGCAGUAGCUGGUACAUCUUGUGAUUCAUGUGGUGCGAAUGUAUACAACAUCAGUGCUUCUACCUCUGCCUAUCAAAUACCUCAAAGUCAGGACAUAUCAUUAUGGUCUAGCUCCACUAGCGGCUCGCUCAUAAUAGAGAACUGCAGCCUCAAGCAAGGGAAUGGAUCAGCAUGGGGUUAUACGAAUCAAACAAUCGUUGUGGCGAAUCAAUCUCAAACUAUCUUGCCGUUAUCCAGGUUCUCUGGUGUGUUGGGUUUAGGAAGCAAUGCCCGAGAUGGAAAUUUCCGGGCAAGUCUUGGAGGCAACUGGCUUUCCCAGCACCCAACACGGAUCAACUUUACCUACGCGUUCGCACCUGUCUCAUCUCAUUCCUCGGGUACGAAUGGAGGCAUGCUUCACUUGUUGGCCCAAGAUAGUUCUGGUGACGUGAUUUGGAAACCGAUGUCGGCCUUCAAUUCGAGUUCCACUAAUUCGGAUUGGUCCGUCAACAUGGACGGAUGGUCAUUUGAAAGUGGCGAUAAUGGGAAAAUAUCGCAGAACGGAGAUCUAAUGGCCGUACUGGAUCCCUUUUUUGCGACGGUACGCUUCCCACAGGCACAAGCGCGAUCAGUAUAUUCGUCUUUGACUGGAGCCAGUAUUUAUUCAAAUUCAUCGGAGACUAUCACUUGGGAGGUUCCAUGCGAGACGAAGAUGACAUUUACUUUCACAUUCGGGAACUUCGCGGCAAGCCUCGACGAAAAUAUAUUGCUGAGAAAAAGUCAAGGACGAUGCAUAAGCUAUGUAGAGGAAUGGACAGACCCCGAUGUCAGCGAAUACGUCCUUGGCGCGAGCUUUAUCUCAGCGAUUUAUCUGUAA